ACAAGCGAUGUAAACCACACAUAGAUAAUGCUUGUUCAUGAUAGUCUCUACCGGGUGAUUGUUUUAUAGCCCACUGUCUGGCACUUGCAUCUAUCACCCCUGUACUGUUUCUAUCACUUGGGCUAAGUUGUCAACUUCUAAUACAGCAGAACGGAACGUCUAGCUGAUUUAUGGUGAUUAACAGAGGCAAAGGCAAAAAAACGAUGGACCAGCGUCAGAGACAUAGGCUGUAUUGGAAUUGUUGAAUUUCAUAACACCCGCAAAACUGUUGUUGUUGUUUUUAUCAAAGAGGAGGAGCAAGAGACAUUACAUUUGGGGAUCAACAUUUAACUUUCUGGAAUAAUUAUUAACGCUACAGCAACGAGACAGACGUAAGAAGAUCAUUUUCUCGAGCUCACAAUAUUUUGAUACCGCCACACACACAGUUUGUAUGGAUGAGAGCGGAAUUAUGUCUUUAAUAUUGCGUAUGUGAAGUGAUGUGCUAAACCAAAUAGCAUUCGAAACAACAUGCAAUAACUACAAUUAAAAAUAUACGAAAAUAAUCAUUUGUCUGUUCCAAAAAUAAUACUAUUGAUUUAUAAUUGCGAGUUUAUUGUUUUACUUCUUUAUGCCGAAAGUGUAAAAUCUGUUAAUUGCCUUCACAUUUCUAUGAAUGGGCUGAAAUACCGUUUUGUGAAUGGACUAUCAAAGAGAAAGGACAGUUUUGUAAAUGGACUAUAAUAGAAAAAAUAACCAUAAGAGGACUGUUUCAACAGCGAGUACGUUGUUGUAAAGCUAUUAAAUAAAGCUUUCGAUGAGCUUCGUCGUCAGCCUCCACAACAGUAAUUAGGGGUAGGACCAGAAACUUUGAGGCAAGCUUUUAGUACGUACAGUGUGAUCAUUUAUGAAGAAAUAACAGGCGAAAGAAGAAGGGGACAGUGCAUGUAAGAAAUAGGAAGAGAAGGCACACUUAUUGGAACAGUUUGACCGGAUAGUAGUAGACUUAACUUGUUAAAAGGGUAUACGAUGGUGUAAAAAAUCUAAUGAAAACCCAAACAUGUAAUGAAGAAUGGUUUAAUGUUAUGCAUUUUUAAAUUUAUUUGUUUGAAUAUGGAAAAUAGAAUUGUGACAAAAUGUACAUUGCGUACAAAACCCCGACAAAUAAACCACACCUAGACAACCAAAUGGAUACCACAGAAUGGGAAAUAAUCGUUUGACAAAUGCCUUUGUUUCCUUAGCAACAUUUUUCCUUCUAUUACAUCAAGUUACGGCUACGUGGUGGUUUAUUAGCCAGCUACCGCUACACGCGGUGGGCGCUGGGGUGAUUUGUGACAACGUCCCAGGCCUGGUUGGCAGACAGCGUAGAAUGUGUAGGCUCCACCAGGACGCUAUGGUGAUUCUGGGUAAGGGUGCACUCGAGGGUGUAUACGAGUGCCAACAUCAGUUCCGGAAGCAUCGAUGGAACUGUUCUACGCUGCACAAAGACUCGUCCGUGUUCGGGAAGGUCCUUCUUAAAGUUGGCACCAGAGAAGCUGCAUUUGUGUACGCGAUUUCCUCCGCGGGCGUGGUCUACUCGAUUACCCGCGCGUGCAGUCUGGGACACCUUAGCACGUGCGCGUGUGACCCAAACAAAAAGGGGCGUGGUCGAGAUAAGCGUGGAAACGCCUUUCAGUGGGGCGGGUGUAGCGAUGACGUGAAUUAUGGGCGAAGGUUUGCAAAGACGUUUAUAGAUGCCAAAGAAAGACAACACAUGGACGCCAGAGCGUUGAUGAAUCUCCAUAACAACAAUGCCGGCAGACAGGUGGUAAAAAAGAUGCGGAAGCUAGAGUGCAAGUGCCAUGGUAUAAGUGGGUCAUGUGCAAUGCGCACUUGUUGGCGAGCGCUGAGGGACUUCCGGAAAGUUGGCACUUUUUUGAAAAGCAAAUACAACGGUGCUAUACAGGUGAUGAUGAGUCAAAACUCGGGCCGAACGGACCUUGUAGUGGCGAACAAACACCACAAAGAGCCAACACAAUAUGACCUCGUAUACUUUGACCCUUCGCCUGAUUACUGUAACAGAAACGUUGAGCUAGGUUCACUCGGUACAGAGGGACGAGUAUGUAACAGCAGCUCCCUAGACACGGAUGGGUGUGACAUAAUGUGUUGUGGGCGGGGCUAUAAAACGCACGUGGAAAGUCGGGUCGACAAGUGCGAGUGUAAAUUUCAUUGGUGUUGUGACGUCAUUUGUAAGAACUGCACGCGCACGAUCGAUGUUCAUACAUGUCUUGGUUCAGACGACCCACAGCUACGUAACAAAUAUGGGAGAAAUUAGUGAUUGGAGCAGAUUAUACAUUGGAGAGAAGUUUUGAAUAUGUUGGCACGAAGGAUAACUCCGAUGGUGUCUAUCGACGUUGUAAUACAUGAAUUACAUCGCUUUAUUUUAAAACUUGAGUAUAGUGUUUAUCGGUGAUUCAGCAUUACUUAUUGUGUACAAAGGUAUCAAAUUGAUACUAAUUAUGGUAAUGCUUUAGCAAUCUUACAUUAAAGUGUAUAUAAGGUUGCGAUUCAGUAGGUGCAGUCGAUCCAUACUAAACAGUAUUUUCAUUCAUAAGGUCAUCCUGAGUAGUAGUAUUUCCGUUUAAGGUCAUCCCAUGUGUGACAAAAACAACAAAUGAACUGAUAAGUGUUUUUAACACCUUAAUCCUAUAUCAUCAAAAUGAUUAAGUAUACUGAAUUCGAGCUUAUAUAAUUUUGGACUUCUUAAUUGUUGAUAUGUGUAAUACAAACUGGCAAAAUCUGCAUGGAACAUCUUCGCUUAAAAGAAGACAUGAGAACCGCAGUACAGAUUCAUCAUGAUCAAAAUAAAUAAAGAAUCCAAUAUUCUCUUAUUUAACUGAGAGUAGAAUUAUCCUUUUGUAGAUGUGUUCAUAUUACAAAAAUGUUGUUAUGAUUAUGUGAUAUGC